AACCGGCCACCUCGCCUCCCCUUGCCCUCGAAUUAAUCCCGCCUUAUCUUCCUAAAGUGCAACUCCGCUUGGCUCUCAUGGAAGCCUCGACUAUUGCAACAACCUUCCCUCUCCGCCCCCUGUUUCUAGGGCCUCACUCCCGUUCCCACCUCAGCCGUUUCCGCUACCUCGGUCUUUCGAUUCCCUUCUCGCGGCUCUUUGCCGCUUCUGUGAGAUCUCGGGAUCACCGCUGGCAGUUCACCACCCGGAGGUCCGGCGACCGUAUCACCGCUCGCCCGUCGUCGGAGUUUCGGAGGAAGAACACUGGCGGGAAUGGGGGCUCCGAGGACGAGAAGCUUAGAUCGCUCCGAGAGCUUUUCUCGAGGCCGGGAAUAGGAAUCGACGCUUACAUCAUUCCCUCUCAGGACGCGCAUCAGAGUGAAUUUAUUGCAGAAUGCUUUAUGAGAAGAACAUACCUAACAGGCUUUGAUGGUAGUGCUGGAACUGCUGUGGUAACCAAAGAUAUGGCUGCCCUAUGGACUGAUGGUCGCUAUUUUCUUCAGGCUGAGAAACAAUUAGGACGUGAUUGGACCCUCAUGAGAAGUGGAAAUCUUGGCGUUCCAACAAUUACUGAGUGGCUGAACGAAUCACUGCCCCCUGGUUGCAAAAUUGGUGUUGAUCCUUUCCUGUUUUCUUAUGAUACAGCUGAGGAAAUGAAAGAAGCAGUUUCCAAUAAAAAUCAUGAACUGGUCUUUCUAUAUGAUUACAAUCUUGUAGAUGAGAUAUGGGGAGAAUUAAGACCAAAGCCUCCUUGUAAGCCCAUUAUAGUGCAUGAUAUCAAGUAUGCUGGUGUAGAUAUCUCUUCAAAGCUGUCUACUUUACGAUCUGAACUUGCAGAAGCAAGCUGUACUGCUGUUGUUAUAUCAAUGCUUGAUGAAGUUGCUUGGCUGUUAAACUUGAGAGGAAAUGAUGUUUCACAUGCACCUGUCUUCUAUUCAUACUUAGUUGUGAGUAAUACUGGCGCCACAUUAUUUGUUGAUAAUAAAAAAGUUACCGAGGAAGUAAUGGGACAUCUGUCAAAAGCUGGAGUACAAUUGAGUCCAUAUGAAGCGAUUCUUUCUGAGAUAGAAAGUUUGGCCGGACAAGGAGCAAAACUUUUGUUUGAUUCAUCAACUGUAAAUGCCGCAAUUGUCAGCAUAUUCAACUCUGCUUCUAAUAGACAUUUUCAUAGACCUGAAAAUAAAGUAAAGGGAAAAAUUGGUCAAGAAACUCGGCUUGAAAGUACAAAGCAAGAUAAAAUGGCACAAAUUAUUGGGCAAAAUACUCUAUUUAAGAUUUCCCCCAUCUCUCUGGCCAAAGCCCUGAAAAAUGAUGCAGAAAUCAAGGGGAUGCGGAAUGCACAUCUGAGAGAUGCAGCUGCAUUAGCAGAAUUUUGGGCUUGGCUGGAAGAUGGAGUUCAAAAGAAUUUGAAUCUUACAGAAGUGGAAGUUUCCCAAAAACUACUUGAGUUUCGUAGAAAGCAGUUUGGCUUUAUUGGCACCAGCUUUGAGACUAUUACCGGCUAUGGUGCAAAUGGAGCUAUCAUACAUUACCGCCCAAAUCCUGCGAGUUGUAGCGUUGUUGGUGACAAAAAUAUCUUCCUUUUAGAUAGCGGUGGUCAAUAUGUUGAUGGUACCACGGACAUUACACGGACUGUGCAUUUUGGUGAUCCUACUGGUAGGCAGAAGGAAUGCUUCACUAGAGUUCUACAGGGUCAUAUAGCUUUGGAUCAAGCAAUAUUCCCUGAACGUACUCCUGGUUUUGUGCUGGAUGUACUUGCACGAUCUUCACUUUGGAAAAUAGGCCUUGACUAUCGACAUGGUACUGGCCAUGGGGUAGGAGCUGCAUUAAAUGUCCAUGAAGGUCCUCAAAGUAUAAGCUUUCGAUAUACAAAUAUGAAUGCUCUGCAGGUCGGUAUGAUUGUCAGUAAUGAACCUGGUUAUUAUGAAGACCAUUCCUUUGGCAUCCGAAUUGAGAAUCUUCUUCAUGUUCGAGAGGAGAACGUACCAAAUAAUUUUGGAGGCAUUAGAUACUUUGGGUUUGAAAGGCUUACCUUCGUGCCAAUCCAGAGUAAGCUAGUUGAUUGCUCAUUGUUAUCUUUAGUGGAGACCAAAUGGUAUAAUGAUUAUCAUUCCGAAAUUUGGGAAAAGGUUUCACCUCUAGUGCAAGGAGCUGCUCAAGAAUGGCUCUGGAGAAAUACUCGGCCCCUCUCCCUUCCACAGCAGAUUUACCGUCAUACUAGAAGUUUCCCUAAACAAUGUGCUCGAAGUCACCCUCAAAAAUGUCCGAAGACGCUCUCAAAAUUGUACAUGAAGAUCUCUAAUUUCAGCGGAAGGGGGAUGGGGGCUAUUAUUGUAAUUACGAUAGCCGCAUUGGUCUACUUAAACCUCAGAAAGGCGGACUCCAAAGAUUAGGAUACUCCUUCAGAAAAAAACUUUCCCUGUCCAGAGAAGCAGCAAUAAUGGC